AUGCGUCUCUCCUCCUCCCCACCUCGUGGCCCGCAGCAGCCCUCCAGCUUUGGCUCGGUGGACUGGCUCUCCCAGAGCAGCUGCCCGGGGCCCACCCACACCCUCAGGCCUGCCAACGCCUCCCCAGGGGUCCUGCCUGGCCUGGGCCAGGCACCAGCUACCCGGGAGUCCCCUCAGGCCAUCAGCAUGGAGGAGGCUAGGUCCCCACAUCUGCCUGUGCCGCAGAGGACCGUGGCUGGGUUGAGUGGGGAGCCAAACCCCUGGCGGGCUCCUGUCCACACAGCCUUCAGCACCGAGCAGGUCCGCACCCUGGAGGGCGUCUUCCGGCACCACCAGCACCUGGGCCCUCUGGAGCAGAAGAGGCUGGCCAGGGAGGUGCAGCUCUCAGAGCUCCAGGUAAAAACCUGGUUUCAGAAUCGCCAGAUGAAGCACAAACGGGAGGUGCAGGAUGCCCAGCUGAACAGCCCCUUCUUGGGGUCUCUCCACCUGCCCCCGGCUCCUCACUCACCAUCUCCCGGCCUGGCCAGUGACCUGCAGCUGCUGUGCCCCUGGGCACCCCUGCCCGGGCCCCAGGCUCUGCUGCUGCCCCUGGGCUCCUUCUGGGGUCUCUGCCAGGUGGAACAAGAGGCCCUGGCCUCUGCCUGGCCAUCCUGCUGCGGGCAGCCCCUGGCAUACCACCUAAGCCCAGGACAUGGCGUGCAAACUCGGGGACCAGUGCUGUCCAUGGGGCCCUGGGGCCUGCGUGCUCUGCCUCAGACGGGGGAUGCGUUUUGA